ACCGCGUUUUUAGGACCCUUGUUUGUCGUGAUAGCGCCACCUACUGAACUGGAUGAUAAGUGUUCAACUUUGGAUUUUGAAAGGUUUGUUCCACCCUAACACACCCUUGUAUCUACUGAGUUCUGGUUUUAAAAGUUUAUUCCACCCAAAAUAUUCAUUUCUGCCUACGUACUUAUUAGCUUUGAAGUACUAUUUGAGUGGACUGUACCUUUUGAACUAUGAGUUGUGGUUUUGAAAGUUUAUUCCACCUAAAAUACUAUUUUCUGUCUGAGUACUCAUAGUUUUAAAGGUUGAUUUCACCCCCAUUCAAUUUUUAUAACAGUUUUAUAAAUGUAGAUGUUUAUUCCACCCAAAAUGCUACUUUCUGUUCAGGCACUUUUAGUUGUAAAUCUUUAUUUCACUCAAGUAGUGCUUUUCAACGAAUGAGUUAUGGUUUAAAAGGUUUAUUCCCCCCAAUACUACUUUUUGUCCAAGUAUUUAUUAGUUCUAAAGUAAUAAUUGGGUGGCAUGAAUCUUUGAGUGUGACUUGUGAUUUUCAACCCAAGUUUGUCUCAUUUUUUUCCAUGCUAAUAGUACUUCUUACUACUGACUUGUGGUUUUACAUGUUUAUUCCAAUCAAAAUACUAAUUUCUGCCAAAGUACUUACAGUUUAAAAGUUUGUUCCAGCCAUUAGUACUUUGUGAUUAAUCAGUUGUGCUUUUAAAGGUUUAUUCCAUCCAAAUUCUACUCUCUGCCCAGUUAGAUAUAGUUUUAAUGGUUGAUUCCACCCAGAUAGUACUUGGUAACAACUCAUUUACAGGUUUAAAUGUUUAUUCCAACCAAAACUGUACAUAUUUUAGUUUUUUUUUUUUGCCAGUAUCUGUUGAAAAUUUACCUUUCCUUUGAAGUAACCAAAAUGAAAACUGAGCUUCCGCUAAUGUAAACACAUAUGAAUCACCGUCUUCCUAAUAUACUCAGAUUUAAGGUUCUUUUAACAGAUUAUACAUUAUCAUCCUGUACUUUAAACAUAAUAAUUGUGUUAUCCCACAUAGUAGUAAACCAUAUAAAGGCUUAUGCAAGUUGUGAGCAGCCACUGCUGACUGUCACCUAUAGAGACCAAUUAAUUCAACCACGUAUCAGCCCACUACACUGGUUUUCCCACACCUAAUGAAAAUGCAAUCUCAGUUUAGGUCUGUUUGUAAAAUGCAGACACCUCAACAAAAACGACUAGUCACUUAAAGCCACAGUGAAUGGGCCUUUUCAGAGGUGAAACCCAUUGAGUGUUGCUGCAGACAGAGGCUGAGGGGGGCUUUGGGGGGGAGUGGGAGUGGAAUCAACUUUGGGUUUCGCUCCCACCCUUCCCCCAUCGAGGGUCUCGACCUCCGGCUUCUGUUGCAGGAGCUGCUAUCAGAAUCAAUUGACAAAGACGAGACCCGCAAGUGAGAUUCUGCCGCUUUCAAAAUAAAAGCCUGAAUAGUGGAAAUAAUAAAAAGUGGGUAAAGGUAACAUGAUGCAUCUGCAGUUUAAAGGACCACACUUUUAGGUUCCUUGCGUUUCAAAAAUGGAAUUGGCAUUAGGUGCUUGGUUUAAAGGUUUACGCCACACAAAAUACCACUGUUUUUAAGUGUUUAUGGGUAAAUGCUUGUUUCACCCAAAAAAUACUUUGUAAAUAUAACGUUGUAGUUUUAAAGGUUUAUUCCACCCAAAUUGCACUUUCUGUCAAAAUGGCAUAGUUUUAAAGGUUUAUUAGAAUGCCUUAAGUCUAUUGUAGUUUGUUACUCACACUCUAACAAGGCAAUGAUAACUUAGCUGUUCAACUGAAGACAUCACAACAGUUUUAAUGCUAAACCAAUCAAUCAACAAUCACACUGUGACUGUUGUUCAUCUCAGCUUCAUUAUAUGCUAAUCCCAUAAUCAUCCAGUUCAGAACAAAGGUCAGAGAAAUGCGGUUCGGCAACUGCGGUACUGAAAAUGCAGCCUCCUUUACUGCAGACACAUGUCCUCAUCCAUAGAGAUGAUGGACUAAAUUAGGGUAAAGUAAGCAAGUAAGACGCGAAAAGUAAUUAGAAAAUCGUUAUGACAGAAGUGAAGAAUAUUACAAAUAACAUGUGAGUUUGUCCAAUUAUUAGCGUAUGGCCAUACAUCCAGGGAAUUUAUUGUGGAUACACAAAUAUUUAUUUUACAUAUUUGAUUUAUAUAAAAGGUGAAAAAUGCAAACUGUCAUAGCAAAUCAUUUCUGUUCCUCAGUCUUUAACAACAAGACCGUAUUCAGAAAUGUACACAGUUUCAGUUGUGUAAAGUAUGUGAAACAAAUAUGUAUUUAAACUGUUUUAUAAGAUCAGAUCAGCUUUAGUAAUCCCACAGUGGGGAAAUUUGCUGUGUUAUCGCAAAAGGGACAGUGCAAAAGCAUAGGGACAUCAGUAGAAAAAUAAAAAUAAUGAGGAAACAUACAUAAAUACUGUUGAUACUGUACAAAUGCACCUAUAUGUAGAAUUUCAAGAUAUUGCACAGAUUCAUCCGACUUUGGAAAAUACUGAUAUUGCAUAGGGCUUUUUUAUAUGUAGAAAAACACUGUUAUUACAUAGAUUCUUUCAUGAGUAGAAAAUACUGAUAUAAUAAAAUAUUUUUAAAAAAAAAAAGAAUAUAACGUUUCGAUGAGAUAAUGAAAGCAAACAUUACCAGACAAAGAAAUUGCAACAUUUUGCAAAUCCGUGAGAGGGCGCCAUUUUCACCUCUAGUAAUGGUUUUAUUUUGUUAAGUCUAACCGGAAGUCCGUUACCAUGGCGUCCAAUUUUGCGGCUCUGAUACAACGUUAGUUUCUGUGUCAUGACUUUGGCUCCGAGUAGCGUUUUUAGACUCCAUAAUGCGGCGGUACAUUCGUGCACUGACCCUGUGCACGGUGUUCGCCGUGUUUUCGGGCUUGUACGUUUACAGUAAACUGUUUUACUCGGACGUGUCGGUCGGACCGAAGAGGGUCUUCGUCCCACCGAGAGUCCCCGGAGCCCGGCGAGGGGCCGCGGACAGAGCCGGGCCCCAAAACACCCACUGGUACAACAGGUACAUCAUGCGUCAGCGUGGUCAGAUGGAGGCUGCUGGUGCCAGCAUUCAGAGCAGACCUGAGCCUCCCAUGCACCUGGCUGUGGUGGCCUGUGGGGAGAGGCUGGAGGAGACUCUCACCAUGAUCAAGUCUGCUGUGCUUUUCAGCGUCAAACGCCUCUACCUGCACAUCUUUGCUGAAGAUCAGCUCCACGCCAGCUUCAUGGAAGCUUUGGAGUCGUGGCCUGGUUUUAUUCGCUCCAGGUUCAACUAUACGGUCUACUCCAUCAGCUUUCCCAGUGAGAACGCAGCUGAGUGGAAGAAACUCUUCAAACCCUGCGCGUCUCAGAGGCUUUUCUUACCUCUCAUCCUAAAGGACAUCGACUCCAUCGUGUACGUCGACUCGGACAUCCUGUUCCUGCAGCCUGUAGACCAACUGUGGGAUUUUCUAUCCCAGUUUAAUUCAUCUCAGCUGGCUGCUAUGGCCCCAGAGCACGAGGAGCCCCGCAUUGCCUGGUACAACCGCUUCGCCCGCCACCCUUUCUACGGCAGGACAGGCAUCAACUCAGGGGUCAUGCUCAUGAACAUGACAAGGAUGAGGAGCACGUUCUUUAAAAAUGACAUGACAUCAGUGGGGCUGCGUUGGGAGGAGCUGCUGAUGCCUCUGCUUCAAAAAUACAAACUGAACAUAACCUGGGGAGACCAGGACCUUCUCAAUAUAAUAUUCCACUACAACCCUGAGUCCUUCCUGGAGUUUCCCUGCAAGUGGAACUAUCGCCCAGAUCAUUGUAUCUAUGGCAGUAACUGUGCCUCUGCGGAGGAGGAUGGCAUCUACAUAUUGCAUGGAAACAGAGGGGUUUACCACGACUACAAACAACCUGCUUUCAGGGCUGUUUACGAGGCCAUUAAAAAGUACGCUUUUGGCACAGACCCAACGACUUCUUUGCUGGACCCUUUGGAGAACGAACUGCUGGGGACGACUCACACCUACUGUGGUAAAUCGCAUUCACUCUUCACCAAGAGGCUGAUGCACAGUCUGGCAAACAUCAACAGGAAGCCUCCACAUGGGUGAAAAUGAAUGACCGUGAUGAGACGGAGGCCAAAACGAGAACCUUCUUCGUCUAAGUUUUAUAAGCUCGAGCAAGAAAUGGAACUCCUGACUGCUGAUCUUGAAAACCACUGAACUGAAACUUGUCUGUUUUGAAGCGAACGGUUUGUUUGACUGAAGCACAAGAGGCAGCAGCUACAGCGUGGUAAACAAAUGGUAACCUGGCAGACUGACAGAACUAAUGAAACACUGCUGCAGUGUGGCACACAACUAACGAGUGAAGCUUUCAGAUUUUUUUUUUUCAGUGAGCAGCUGCUUAAAGCUCCAUAAGGCAGCUGGGAUUGUCUCAGGCUGAGACUAAUAACUGUUCACCUCUUGUAAAUUGCUCUGGAUAAGAGCGUGAUGUAAAUCCACUGAAAUCUACUGUAACAUUGGCCAGUUGGUCUUCUAGCAGAGUACUGAAUUUUACCAGACAAAUAUGUGCUACAGAUUAAUACAUGGAUUUUUUUCUGAUGUUUUCAUAGUUUUUUUGCCUUGACAAGCAUCUAAUCUCUUCGAUGUAUCACUUUCUUCUCUCAGUAUUUUUCUGUUACUGACUGAAAGUGCAAAAGAUCAAAGUUUGAAAGAGUAGCUCUUGACUUUCCAUAUUGGAGAAUUUAUUGAACCUUGUGAAACCCUCUUAUUAAAAGAGAUAAAAACUGUAUUUAAACUGUACAAGACUUUCUGCAGGGCCCAGAUUUGAGAGGUGAAUGCACUGCACCACUUUCUUGGCUUUAAGAAACCACUCAACAACAGAGAACAUGUGUAAAAUAUAAUUUUUUAGACAAAGUUGAGGCCAAGUGGUUGUAUAAAUGAAUUCUGGGGUUGUUUUUCAGUCAUUCAAGCAGUGGUUAAGUAUAUGAAACCUCCAUCAGAGUACUGUUUUUCUGCAUUAAUAUUUAUUAGGGCUGCAACUAAUGAUUAUUGUCAUUGUUAAUUAAUGUGUCAAUUAGUUGGGUCUAAAAAAUUGUGAAAAAUGAUCAUCAGCGGUUCCCAAAGCCCAAGAACACAUCCUCAAAUAUUCGUCCACGAUAUAAAGAUAUUCAGUUUACUAUCAGAUCAGGAAAGAAACCAGAAAAUAGGAAAUUUUUAAAAGCUUAAACUGAGAAAAUAUGGAUUUUUUUUAUUUGAAAAAAUGAUCUAAACAGAUGAACUGACAUCAAAAUAAUUGGCGAUAAUUUUAAUAGCCGACAACUAAUUGAUUAGUGACUGCAGCUUUAAUAUUUAUUCUGUUCAGUUUAAGGAUGCAGAUGGACGUACUGUACAGUUCACAUGUGAAAAGGUUUUUUUUGUCAUCAUGUUUUGCAAUGCAUUUAUUGUAAUGUCAAACUUUCACAUGCUGCAGUAUGUUUUUAAAAUGUCUUGUUUCAUGAACUUUUGGUGAAAUUUUCAUACUAUGGACUCCAUUUUUAAAGUAUGUACAUGUUUGUCAGUGAUAAAGGUGUGCAGAAAAAUUGCUGUUGAAUAUGUGAAUAAGCUACGAGUUCCCUCCUGAUGCCAAAGUAUGUUUUUUUUUUUAUUUCUACAAUUAUGGUCUUUGCACCACUGAAUGUAUUUUGUACACUAAGGGUUGAAAACAAAACUGUGAUGUGAGGAUAUGCUGUGACGUUGCUAUGUUUAGUUGUCUGUAUGUCAUUGUGUUUUUACAUUAAAGAUCAUUUCAGUUUUGUA